UUAGCAUACAAUGAUGUCUUUCUUCCAUGGCAACUUUAGAUCAACCGCAACUUCUUCCCUUCUCCUCUAUCUGUUCCAUUCAGCUGGCCUCCCAGCUGACCAAAAUUUUCUUCCUCUCCGAAUCCUUCAAUCUUUUUUUUUUUUUUUUGUGUGUGUGUGUGUUUUUCUAAUUGCUUUGUUUGUACUUGUUUUCUUCUCUUUGAAUAAAUUCCUUCUGAGUUUAUCAAUUGCUGUUCUAUGUUAAUGGAAAAUUUCCCUUCUUUCUUUCUCAUCUUACUUGAUUUUGGAAAAAUUGUAUGUUUUCUCCCUACUUUCUUAUUGUUAUUGUUUUCUUCGUCACUUGGGUUGAAGUGAUGAAAGAAGACCAAGUGUUUGAACUUAACACAACAACAGCGAUGUCUGUGAGGAGUCGACCCCUACGUAGUUUGCUUAAGGCCUCCUUAGGUGAAUUCUUUUUAACAGAAUCAUUUGGAUAGCCGAGUUCCCCCCCACUCUCUUUCCCCCGAAGCUCCGUCUGGAUGCAAAUAAAAGGAAGCGAAGGGAAGUGAAAUUGGUUUGAAAAAGAGAAAAAAAAAAGUAAAUUUUGUCAUCAUUAUUGUGUAACCUACUACAGAAUUUUAUUACAUUUCAUAAUUAUAUUUUUUAAAAUAAUUUUUAUCUUCCUUCUCAAAUUUAAGGGAUUGGGUUGCAAAAUAAAGUACAAUUUAACAGUAAAAUCUGAAAUGAGUGGAAUUUAUUGCAUCAUGAUGUUAGGUAGUGAUUACAAAAGUUUCCAUUAUUAGUUUUAAUUUAAUUUUACUUCCUUCCCUUUUCCCGUGCUACCAGAUGGAGCUAAAAUAUAUAAAAAGGGGAAAAAAUCAUAUAAAGAGUUCAAAAUGUACUGAAUCACCCAUUUGACACGUAAUCAGUGCUUUGAAUUCUACUAUUUUGUUGGUGUUACUGUAGAUGUGGUCUUAACUGUUAACUCUCCUCAUCUUUCUAAUUGUUUGUGGAACUGGUAAGUAGGAACUUCAUCUUAGGUCUGUUGAAAUUCAUCCUUUGUUGCCGAUGAAUCAAGCAUGUUCCAAAUAAUGGUGACUAACUUCUAAUUGUACUUAAGCCUAUGAGCCCUGUAUUUUACACCUCCUCUUUCAGGAAGCAAUUAUGACAUAUCAAAGUGAGGAUGGCAACGACUUCAUGAGUUACAUUAUGGUGAUUUUAUUACCAAAAGUUCACGAUAAUGUUUUUAAGCUUUGUUAUCCUCACUUCCUGUUGGAGUUUGAAUGAAUUCAAGUUUGAGCUCUGGUCAUGUGUUUGCAAGGAUUUUCUGCCCUAUCCCUCUGCUGGCAAUUGAGUGGACAAACAUUUGGACUCGUCCAAAUACCAUGAACCGCCACAGUAUGAUUACAAUUAAACAGAAUGAGUCUCCUAACAGAGUGACCCAUAACUAUUCCCAAUUUCAUGACAUUUUCAAUGCUGAAUCUAAAGGACAACAUCUAUUAAAUGAUGACAGUUCAUCUGGAUGUUCGCCCCUUUACAUACAUGCAGAAUCACGCAAUUCCCAUAGUCUUGAGAGAGCAUCCCCGUAUCUACCACAGAAGUUAAGCCCAAACAUUAAAUUAAAUGGCCCUGUCUCUCCUGGUUCUCACCUCCAACAUCCCAAAAGCACAUUUUCUCGGUCUUCUGCUUUCUGUACCAGUUUGUACUUAUCUUCUUCAGUAAGCUCUGAGACCAGUCGAUAUCUUGGCAACCUACCUUUUCUACCUCACCCCCCAACUUCCAACCAAUCCAUUUCUGCUGUUCAUUCAUCAAAAUCCCCAUUGCUUUUGAGUGGGGAUUUUAGCAACCAAGGUGAUGAAGAUAGCUCAGAGUAUCGGAUGAAGGACUUUCUUAAUUUUCCGGAAGAGUCUUCGGAAGCUGGCUUUCAUGGUGCAAAUUAUGCAAAUGAGAGUUUAACAUUUACAGAGCAGUUGGAACUACAGAUGUUAUCUGAAGAGCUCGACAUAGCUAUCACAGGCAACGCAAAAAAUCCCAGGCUUGAUGAAAUAUAUGAGGCACCGCAAGUUUCAUCAAUCCCAACUUCAGGAUUGAAAUGCAAUCAGGAUAAUGAACCUUUGAUCCCACCAGUUGAUGGGCAGGUCCAUCCAAGUCAACCAACUCCUGUAGCUGCCACUGCACACAAGCCAAGAAUGAGGUGGACACCAGAGCUUCAUGAACGUUUUAUUGAAGCUGUGAACAAGUUUGAUGGGGCUGAAAAGGCAACCCCAAAGGGUAUAUUGAAGCUUAUGAAUGUUGAGGGUUUGACCAUCUACCAUGUCAAAAGCCAUCUGCAGAAAUACAGACUUGCAAAGUAUAUGCCAGAGACAAAAGAAGCCAAGAUAGCCUCUUGCGCUGAAGAAAAAAAGACAGCUUCAACUGAAUGUGAUGCACAUGUGAAAAGGAACUUGCAAGUCACGGAAGCUCUACGUAUGCAAAUGGAAGUUCAAAAGCAGCUUCAUGAACAGCUUGAGGUGCAAAGGGCUCUUCAGUUACGUAUAGAGGAGCAUGCAAGGUAUUUGCAGAAGAUUUUAGAAGAACAAAAGAAAGCUGGCGGCACCUUAAUUGCUGAUCGUGAGCUGCCAAGCCUGCCAUCAUUGACUAGCCCGCAAUCAGAAUCUGAAGCGAAGCCUGAGACUUCAUUUACUUGUGCCUCAUCACAACCAGAAUCUAAAAUUGACUCCUCAACUCUAACAGAAAAACAUGAAGCUCCUGAUUGCAGUCUAUCUGAGCAGCCAACUUGUCAGAAACAAGUUCAUUGUGGAGCCAAGCUGGAAAUAACAUCUGGAGAGACUGUGGUUGAGAAUCCUGGACAAUGACCCAUUCAGACCAUGCUUGAAAAAUUUGUUUGAGAAAUCCCUUUCCUUCUUUGUACAUAUACUAUGUAAAAACAGAAAGUUAGAAAACAAAAAGAGAAGUAUCGAAGUGGAAAGUGUGUGUGAAUCUCUAAUUUAGCAGCCAAACAGCAAAUGCUGUAUCAAUUUCUAAUUUAGCGGCUGUAAAUUACUGCAAUGACAAAAUUCUUUAGCGAGUGAACUUAUACCAUUCUCAUUGGUCAA